AUUCACACAUGUUUACAAGUGUUUCCUCGGCAUUUCUGUAUCACACGUCAAAUUUCUAUAUGUAACGUGAAUCGAUAUAUUUUACUGUAUUAUUUAGGACAAGGACAGCGGGGCGAUGAACAACUUCGAUUCAUCAGACGAAGAAGGGGAUACUGAUUUGUCGCCAUUCAAGAUCGAUUGGAUUGAUUACUCGCUUGCAGGAUGUCCAGAAUUUCUUGGCAUAAGUGGCUUACCAGGUUGCAGGUUUAAGGACACAUGGAGGAGCCUGUCAUCAGAUAUUGAGACAUUAAAAAGUGAAGGGAUUACAGAGAUUUUUAUCCUUUGUACAAGAGGGGAAUUGAGCAAAUACAGAGUUCCCAGACUGCUUCAGGAAUACCAAAAAGCUGAUAUUGUAGUUCAUCAUUACUCCUUUCCCGAUGGCAGUGUUCCGUCAGUUCCUAACUGUAUGAAAAUGUUGGAAGAGAUCCGGGUAUGUCUGAUGUCUGGACGAAAGGCAAUGGUGCACUGCUUUGGUGGUCUGGGAAGGUCUUGCUUGGUUGCAGUAUGUCUUAUGGGAUCAGGCGCCAUUCAAACAGUUAAGCAAUAUAACUUUAUCCAUGACUUUCGAAGAAUUUUGGAAGAACAUGAAAGUAGCCAGGAAAAUGAAAUACGAUCUAUAUCAAGAUAA